CGAUGCGACACACGACACAGAGCAGGCUAGGCGGCAAUGGAGGUGUGCACUGGCGGGAUUGGGUGAAACAGUAGCACGAGGACGAACGGGGGAAGUGAGAGAAAAAAAAACCCAUCCCCCAAAAAAAAAAAAAAAACAGCCCCUUUUCCACCCAAGAGUGAACGGCAGUUGACGACAAGGGGGCGAGCAGUCGGUCUGGCUUCAACUCUGGCUCAGGGCCUCCACCGGCUGCGGUGAGCGAAGCAGUGAAGCGCGGCUCGGCUCUCAGUGACGGAACCAGAUCCCAAGCCGGGCUCCCUGUCCGUCUGCCAGGCCCAUCCUGGCCCGCUGCUCCCACGCGAAUUUCAAUGUUGCUGGUGCUCGAUCGAAAAGGCCGAGUGUCAAGCCCGACUGCAUUCACCUGCGUCCAUGUCCAUAUACGCCGUCCUCCGUCUGCCAAGCAGGGCCGCUUCUGUGCUACCAUGCAGCCCCGAUUCCGUUUGAUGUAGUCGAGACGAUCCAGGAUGGCUCCGGGAUGGCCGCACACCCGCACUGUUGGCACUAUGGGAAGCCGGCUCGACUCCCCACCUGCAGCCACUCCAGCUCUCGACCGUGACAGGGCGACCCCACUGCUCGACACCAGGACCAUGGGACGAAGGCUCUUCCAGAGCCCGUCCAAGUCGAAGCAGUGCAACCAGGUCGCUUUCACCGCAUCGUAGCCCCGGGUGCUACCGAGCGACAUUCCGUGCCCGGCGCUGCUGUGGCCUUCCCUGCAGUGCGCCAGGCUUCUUCAGUGCCAUCCAGCCUCCUCCCCAAUGCCAUCCCUGUCACCGCCGCUACCACGGGCAGCAGCCAAACUCGCCCUUGAUCCCGCGCCCGUCUGUGCCUCCCAUGUGCCCCUUCCAUGUGCCCCUUCCCAUGUACCCCAAACUUGGUCUGAUAUGCCCGCUACCGUGCCUGCAUCGUCGAGGCGGGCAUGGCCAGCCGUCCAUAGUACAACGCUACGUG